AUGGCCAGCAUUGUCAAGAAAUGUGAAGUCUUAGCAUGCAUUGCGCGUUCUCAGUGGUGCAGCCGCUUGCCCCAGCGAUUAAGCAUCCUCUGGCCACAGCAGGGGGCCAGUGGCACUUCAGCAAUGCUUAGUGCCGCUCGCCGUGUGCUGGGCGGGGCGGCCAGGCUUACUCCAAAGGCUCAAAGUUGGCAACCGGCAGUGCCCGCUGUUGCAGGAUGCCAGCUCGAAGCCAGACGCGGGUACCGCCACUGGUGGCGCGUGCUACCUGAGGAUUUUGAGUUGAACUCAGAGUCAAUGCCGAAAGAUGUGAAGUCUCUCAUGGCUAGCAAUCCGUACAACCUUGGCUUCAUUGAUGCCUACUGGUACUGGCGAAUCCGAGCCGAGAGUACCAUGAUGGAUCCCGAGAACUUGCCAAAGAAGUCUUACAAGCAGCUCUGCCGUGACAUGGGGCUGACCAUCGUGAACGAGCAGGCAGAGAACCUUCUCGGCAUCAUUGAGUUGUACGAGUACCUCAAGUCCUCUCCAUUCAUUGGACCGUUUGGCACCAUCGAAAAUCCGGUGCUUGUUCCCGCCAUCCACACAGAGAGAAUUGUCGGAUGUACAGGUGGCACUGGCGACAAUGAACAUGUCCCGUUGUGGUUCCGCUGUCGGGAAGGAUUCCUUUACCGAUGCGGCGAAUGCGAUCAAAUCUUCAUGUUGGUCAGAGUGCUGUACGAGCUGCCGGAAGAGGGUGUCGAGAUUAACCCCAUUGACCCUGACGUCAAGGACGUCUUCGAUUUUGCCCUGUUGGAGAAGGGCAACGAGGUUUGGAACUCGGGUGGCAUGAUCAACUGGCCCACGGGCUAUGAUGCCUUGCAUGGCACUGUCUAUGGUGGAAUGGCCCGGGACGAAGACCAGCGUGCCAUCGGAGAGUGA